CACUCACAAUCACAACACACAGUAAUGAGCGGCGGCGGCGGCGGCGGCGGCGAUCUUGAGGCUGUUCCGCCACUUCAACUGACAUCAUCUGAUUCCUACUCUCAUGUAUCUUACAGUUGUGGCUCAUGUGGGUACGAACUGAACCUCAACUCUUGCAACCGCAACAUAUCAUUGAUCGAUUCAGAGUACGGCAAGUCGAUGAAACGAGGGGUCAUAUCCUUCUUCUCCGUUGAUGAGAGCCGAUUCACGCAGGGGUUGCCGGAGCUACAUUGGCACGGCAUGGAAUGUGGAGGAUGGCACUCCUUCCUCUCCGUUUCAACUGGUAAAGCAAGGCUCAGCGACUUGGGACGGGAUCUCUACUCGUAGGAUGUACGAGAUGAAGAUACGUUCUCUG